AUACAUGAUGAAUGUGGUCAUCAGGCUUAAACUGACUGGGGGGCAAGUGGUGCACGGAGGGCGAGAGCGUGCGUGAGUGACACUGAGCACCAGCUCUGCGCUGCAGCCGCCGCAGUCUCUCCAUCCUGCUCUGGACCGGACACGCAGGGGGACAGUUCCCACAGGAGGCGCUUCGUGCUCUGAGUCCGAGGCAGCGAUCGCGGUCGGCCGCAUCCUCGUGCGUCCGCAGCUCUUCCACAGCAGCUACGGUCCCGAGCUGCUCGGCGUGCACAGACUCAGGGGGAGAGAGGAUGCUGAACAGCGCGACCGACGGCGAGGAGGGGGAGGGAGGACCCAACAGCCAGGGUGAUGGGAACCCCAAAGAAAGCAGCCCCUUCAUCAACAGCGCCGCCGGCAGCGUGGAGAAGAGCCAGCAGUACGACGGCAAGAACAUGGCUCUGUUCGAGGAGGAGAUGGACACCAGCCCCAUGGUUUCCUCCCUGCUCAGCAGCCUGGCCAACUACUCCAACCUGCCGACCGGCAGCAAGGAGCACGAGGAGGCCGAGAACAGCGAGGAGGGGGCCCGUCCGUCCAAAAAGCCCGUCAAGGCCCCUCAGCUAGGCACCCUGAUGGGAGUGUACCUACCAUGCAUCCAGAAUAUUUUCGGCGUCAUCCUGUUCCUGCGGAUGACGUGGAUGGUUGGGAUUGGAGGCGUCUUUGGGUCCUUCAUCAUCGUCUUCAUGUGUUGCUCCACCACCAUGCUCACAGCCAUCUCCAUGAGCGCCAUAGCGACAAACGGCGUGGUGCCAGCUGGAGGCUCAUACUACAUGAUCUCUCGCUCGCUGGGGCCUGAGUUUGGUGGCGCCGUUGGGAUCUGCUUCUACUUAGGCACCACGUUUGCAGGCGCCAUGUACAUUCUGGGCUGUAUUGAAAUCUUGCUGAUUUACAUCGUUCCUCAGGCCGCCAUCUUCAAGCUGGAGGGCCUGGAGGGGCCGGAGGCUGAGGCGGCGCUGCUCAACAACAUGCGGGUGUACGGCACCAUCGUGCUGAGUCUAAUGGCAGUGGUGGUGUUCGUGGGGGUCCAGUACGUCAACAAGCUGGCUCUGGUCUUCUUGGCCUGCGUCAUCCUCUCCAUCCUGGCCGUGUACGCCGGCGUCAUCAAGACCGCCAUCGACCCGCCCGUCUUCCCCGUCUGCCUCCUGGGGAAUCGAACACUUCUCUCCAAAGGAUACGACGUCUGCGCGAAGUUCAUCGAACUGGACAACGAGACCGUCACCACCAAACUGUGGAGCUCCUUCUGCGACUCGGACUCUCUCAACGCCACUUGUGACGAAUACUUCACCAACAACAACGUCACCGAGAUCCAGGGGAUCCCAGGGGUCACCAGUGGCAUCCUGGCAGAGAACCUGUUUGGUAACUACCUGGAGAAAGGGAUGGUCCUGGAGAAGCGAGGCCUUGCAUCUGACGCCGAUCCCAACGUUCCCACAUCCAGCACCAACCGCUACGUCCUGGCCGACAUCACCAGCUUCUUCACCCUAUUGGUUGGGAUCUACUUCCCCUCCGUCACAGGUAUCAUGGCCGGGUCCAACCGCUCUGGGGACCUGCGUGAUGCUCAGAAGUCCAUCCCCAUUGGCACCAUCGCAGCCAUCAGCACAACAUCCACUGUGUACAUGUCUUGUGUGGUGCUGUUUGGUGCCUGCAUAGAAGGAGUAGUGCUGAGAGACAAGUUCGGUGAAGGCGUGAGCGGGAACCUGGUCAUCGGAACGCUGGCGUGGCCGUCGCCGUGGGUUAUAGUGUUCGGCUCCUUCUUCUCAACGUGUGGCGCCGGGCUGCAGAGCCUGACGGGGGCGCCGCGUCUGCUGCAGGCCAUCUCCCGCGACGGCAUCAUCCCGUUUCUCAGGGUGUUUGGACACGGCAAAGCCAACGGGGAGCCCACCUGGGCCCUGCUGCUCACGGCCAGCAUCUGUGAGAUCGGCAUCAUCAUCGCGUCCCUGGACUCGGUCGCACCCAUCCUCUCCAUGUUCUUCCUAAUGUGCUACAUGUUUGUCAAUCUUGCCUGUGCCCUGCAGACGUUGCUGAGGACGCCGAACUGGAGGCCGCGCUUUAAGUUUUACCACUGGGCUCUGUCGUUCCUGGGUAUGAGUCUGUGUCUGUCGCUCAUGUUCAUCUGCUCCUGGUAUUACGCCAUAGUGGCCAUGGGCAUCGCCACAUGCAUCUACAAAUACAUAGAGUUCUGUGGGGCUGAGAAGGAGUGGGGCGAUGGGAUCCGGGGCAUCUCUCUGAGCGCUGCACGCUUCGCUCUGAUGAGGCUGGAGGAGGGACCCCCACACACCAAGAACUGGAGGCCUCAGAUCUUGGUGCUGGUGAGUGUGGAUGCGGAGCAGAACGUGGAGGAGCCUCGCCUGCUCUCCCUGGCCAAUCAGCUGAAGGCAGGGAAGGGUCUGACCAUCGUCGGCACUUCAGUUCCAGGAACCUUCCUUGACAACUACGUGGAGGCCCAGCGGACGGACCAGUCGCUGUGUAAGUUGAUGGAGACGGAGAAGGUGAAGGGCUUCUCUCAGGUGGUGAUCUCCUCCAACCUGCGAGACGGGACGUCUCACCUCAUCCAGAUCGGAGGCCUGGGAGGUCUGAAGCACAACACGGUGAUGAUCAGCUGGCCACGCAACUGGAAGCAGCCCGAGUGCCACCAGCAGUUCAGGAACUUCAUCGAGGUGGUGAGAGAAACCACUGUGGCCAGUUUGGCCCUGUUGGUUCCUAAGAACAUUUCCAGCUACCCGUCCAACAGCGAGCGCUUCACCGAGGGCCACAUCGACGUGUGGUGGAUCGUCCACGAUGGCGGCAUGUUGAUGCUGCUGCCCUUCCUGCUGCGUCAGCAUAAGGUGUGGAGGAAAUGCAAGAUGCGCAUUUUCACUGUAGCUCAAAUGGACGACAACAGCAUCCAGAUGAAGAAAGACCUGAUGACCUUCCUCUAUCACCUGCGCAUUGACGCCGAGGUGGAGGUGGUAGAAAUGCACGACAGUGACAUCUCAGCUUACACCUACGAGAAGACGCUGAUAAUGGAGCAACGCUCACAGAUCCUCAAACAGAUGCACCUGACCAAGAACGAGAUGGAGAGAGAGAUCCAGAGCAUCACGGAUUCGUCCCGUGGGUCCAUUCGACGUAAAAACCCGUCCACGUUGCACCCCCAGUCCAGCGCCGAGGAAGGAGGAAGUCUGGCAGAAAAGCCCGAGGAGGAGUCUGAGGCCUCCAACCCACAGCAGCCACAGCAGCCACAGCGGAGCCACGGCAGAAACGCCCCCACGCCCACAGGCGCCACCGGCCCGGCGGCCUCUGCACCUGCUCACAAACGGGCCGCAGACAAAGGGAGGAGCCUCCUAGCAGCGAACGCAGAGGGAGGCAGAGACGCCUUCAACAUGAAGCCGGAAUGGGAGAACCUGAACCAGACAGACGUGAGGCGGAUGCACACGGCCAUGCGGCUCAACGAGGUCAUCAUGAAGAAGUCCAAGGAGGCCAAGCUGGUCCUGCUCAACAUGCCCGGGCCGCCCAAGAACCGGGGCAACGAGACCCGGCCCGUGGACAACGCCUUGUACAGGGACUACCCUUUCUUCGCUGACAUCCAGGUCAUGAUAUUCCUCGGAUUCGGGUGCUUGCUGGCAUUUUUCCGCCUGUAUGGUUUUGGGGGGAUGGUUUUUAACUUCCUCUUGGCCACCUUUGCCAUCCAGUGGGCCGUCUUAGUGCAGGGGUACUUCCAGUUCAGCCACGACGGUAAGAUCCAUCUCGGUGUGAUCAACCUCAUAAACGCGGAGUUCGCCUGCGCCGUGGUGCUCAUUUCCUUCGGGGCCGUUCUGGGGAAGACGAGUCCGCUGCAGCUGCUGGUCAUGGCUUUGCUGGAGGUGCCUGUUUUCGCCGUCACUGAAUGGGUGGUGCUGACUUAUCUGAAGAUCAACGACGCAGGGGGGUCGAUCCUGGUUCAUCUCUUCGCUUGUUAUUUUGGCUUGGGGGUGACCUUUGUGCUGUACAGGCCUCACCUGAACGACGGCCACGCCAAGGAGACCACCAGCUACCAGUCCGACAUGCUGGCUGUGAUGGGGACCUUGUUCCUCUGGGUGUUCUGGCCCUCCUUCAACGCCGCAUUGACUCUUAAAGGCGACGACCAGCACCGAGCCGUGCUCCACACCUUCAUCGGCCUCAGCGCCUCCACCGUCACAGCCUUUGCCCUCUCCGUGAUGCUGAACAAAAACGGAAAGGUCACCAUGGCCGACGUUCAGAACGUAACUCUGGCUGGUGGCGUGACGGUGGGGGCGUCUGUGGACAUGAUGAUCUCACCUGCAGCUGCAUACGCGCUGGGCAUGAUGGGCUGCACCGCCUGCAUGCUGGGCUACAAGUAUUUAAGCCCCUUUUUGGCGCGUCGCUGCAGGAUCCAAGACCAGUGUGGGAUACACAACCUGCACGGCCUAACGGGACUCAUCUCCUGCGCUGCAGGGGUUUGGGCCAUACUUACAGCCAGCGAGGACGUGUAUGGCCCCAGUUUGUACGAGACCUUCGCCCACAGAGCCCCGGUGCAAGGUGACCCGAAGCUGGAGCAGCUGCAGGUGCUGAUACCGGGCUUACAGCCGGGCUUGGGGCGGAGCGCUCAGGAGCAGGCGCUCUUCCAGGUGGCAGCUGUGUUCGCCACCAUAGCGGCGUCAGCGCUGGGCGGGAUCCUCACCGGCCUCGUUUUAAAACUGCCACAGCUCGCAGCUCCAUCUGAUGACUUCUGCUUCGACGACGAGCCGUUCUUUGAGGUUCCUCCGGACUAUGAGGCACCACUUAAAGCUAACAACACCAUUACAGUUGAGGAUUCUGCUGCUUGAAGUGCAACAGUUAGAAAACUUAAUAUAUUAGCUUGUGCUUGUCUUUAUUUAGUCGCUAUGAACUAAAUGCUUAUAUCGUUUAUGGUGUAAAUAUGUAGACAUGAGACAUGAUAAGGCAGAAGAAUUACUUUGUCAGAAACUGUCCAUUACACCCAGCAAAGGUGCUAAAUAUACUUAAUGCAUACACUAAAAACUUGAAUGUGAAAGUUCACCUUGUUUGUGAUAUGAGACUUUUUAUUCAUGUCAUUUAUUACAAUAAAUCAUUCAUAAAAAUUGUUAUGGUAUAAAUAAAAUAGCUUCUUCCCCCCGGCUGUGUCCAAGCUGAACCCCAUCACAUAGAGAAGGACUUUCUUUUUUUAUUAUUUUCUUUAUUUACUUCAUGAAAAUAAUGUAUGUAUAGAACUGUAAUUGAUAUGUAAAUAAUUACUGUUCGGUAUGAGGGUGUUUGUCUUGUGCAACCCUGGCGAAUAAAAACGAUUCUGAUUCUGAUUCUAAUUAUUACUAGAUUAGUAUCAUUUGUUAAUUCUAGGAAUCACCAGAUGGCGGCAGAGAGUCGUGGAACAAACGGCUUGGUGGUGGGCCUUUUUGUCCUCAGUAACGUUUUGCAGGCUGUGUUGGGCUGAAUCCCUGCUUUCAGUAGCACGACAAAUUAUGGAGAAGAAUAAAAGUGUUUAUCAGAACAUUUCUGUAUGUUUGUCGUUUUGCGUUCCGUUGUUCUUACUGAUGUUUUAUAUGUAUUAUAGUGGGGUAGAAAUUGGAGUAAAACGUCGCUGGACGUCGCUAGGUGGCGGUAACGGCACCGCUGCCGCAACAGGGUCGCGGACGAAGAAGAACAGGACGAACGAGAAGAAGGAAGAAGAGCGUUUAGUAGCAGGGCACGACCCGCUGAAAAAAAACCUUACAUAACUUCAAAAUUCGUGUUUUCAACUAAGCUUUUGAGAUCACCCCAAACGAAUACGUCGAAACGAGCGUCCCCAGCCGCACCUUUUCUGUGACUUUUUGACUUUGGCACAUUUUUUCAGGAAUCCCGAGAGGAUCAUCAUGGCUGAUGAGUUUGACGUCGAGGCCAUGCUGGAGGCUCCAUACAGAAAGACUUCCCUAAUGAUAUCUCACCUCUACUCCCAUGAAUUCAUCUUUGAUUCCACUGUGAACUGUGAAAAAAAGGAAGGUAGUUAUUGCGCAUAUACUGAUGUACUGUGGUUCACCUUAGGACUAAAAGAGAUUCAACCUAGAACAUCCAAUCCCCAUUCGGUUGCAACAAGGUGAAUGCCAGUGGUUCAUACGCCCAUCUGUACCUGUCCAGCAAAGGAGGCAGUAUUCAGAUUUACAAUCUGCAUGCCGUCAGUGUUUCUGGAUGUUCACACACAUAACGUCGAGUUUAAGCUUUUGUUUUUAAAUGGCAACAAAAUUGUCGUCUUUGUGGUUUGACAAUAUUGCACCUGUCUGUUUUUAUACUGUAGGUAAAUAUGCAUUCAUCAACUUGCUCAGUGUGUUAAGGUUGUCUACUACACGGAUGCCGGAUUGCGGUUUAUUAUGUUAUGACUGUUCCUAUUUCAAAAGUUGUAUUUCAGUGUGGUUCUACACAUACUUGAACUGUAGAGCGAGGUGUCUAUAUAUAGGUUGCUUGUAAAUAUGAAUACUGCCUCUUUUCCUUAGUCAACAGUAAUGUGAAUUAGCAUCUUGAUUUUUGCAUGCUACACGACUCCACAACUACUGAUUUAUUACUUCAAUGACUGUAAAAUAGAUACCUCUAUAUAGCGUCAUUGUAACGUAAAGUGAGUUUCGUUAGCAAUAAAUCCUUAAGUCAAAGGUUAUAAUUAUUAAUACUUUAAUGGAAACUAAAGAUAAUGGCAGUAUGAGAAAUGGCUGAAUUAAUGGAUUUUUUUAUUUUAUUUUUAUUUAUUUUUUUCAUUUAUUUUGUUUUCUUGGGCGUCAAUAUUACUAAGAAGUGUGAAUCCCUGUUUGCUUCAGGGCAAGAUGUGUGACAGAGGUGGCAUCGAGCUCUUACAGUCCAAGAACGAAAAUGGGUGAAGAUCACUGGACUGACACCAACCACACAGGAUCUCUUGUUUAUGUUUAGGCACAAAUAGUGGCAUUGGUACGACUUCUUAGAAGGGGAAUGGAAGAGAUGACUUGCCUUGUCAAAGCUUCCUCAACUCAGCUAAUUUUUUCGUCAAUCUCCCUUAACUUUGCCAUUGUUGCAUUAUAUACCUGGCAGGCUUUCUUAAAAAGAGAGAGAGAAAAGGAGUGGGAUGGGAAGCUAUUGGGGUGGUGGAAGGACACUGUCCAGGCCUGACAGUAGAAAGUUUGAAGUAUUAUUAUUAUUAAUUAUAUAUAUUUUGCAUUUUCUCUCCCAUCCCUUCCCCCUUUACCUUGACGACAUGAAAUGUUUCAUCUACGUCCUCAUGAUCUUCUUCUAUCAACCUUGCUUAGGAUGAGAUCAAGCCCUCUCAUGCAAAUGGCCAUGACGACCAGAACAAGAAGAAAAGAAGAAGUCGAAGCAAGAGCCGUAGCCCAGGCUCUAGGAAAAGAAGAAGCAGAAGCAAAGACAAGAAGAAGGGUAAGAAGAG